AUGGGAGCAUGCACUUCAAAGCAAGACGUUGCCACGCAGCGUACAAUUAGACCCCAAGCAGGCGCAAAAAUGCCAGAGUUUUAUUAUUUUUUGCCUCACUAAAUGUAAAUUUAUAUUUUCUAAAUUUAUUUUUAGCUUAUUUUCUAUAAUAAAGUAUACCUAAAUAGACAUAAAAAGAAAAUUCUUCACCUCCACCCUGAUGGAAAAAUCAAAAAAAUCCAGUUUUCCACAGGCAUCAAGCUUCGUUCUGAUUCAGCUGUCGGAUAUUUAUCAAAGAACAGGAUUAUGCUCGCUGGAGGCAGCGAUUCCUCUUCAUGUCUUACCAAUAAAGUUGUCCUUGCCGAUACUGAAGCAAUGAAGCUGACCAACCUCUGCAACCUGCCAAUACCAUCCAAAGAAGGUAGUUUGUAUGAACACAAGAUUAAGAUUAAGAUUUACACGGUGAUGAGAGGGCUCCAACAAGCCAGACCACCUUGACUCCAGGAAAAGUGGCCUACGCUGGGUGCAUAAACAUCUGAUUGCAAAUGUUGUAAGACCCAAAAUUCCACCCUCUUUGAAUUUUCUAGCGAGACUCACAUAGCUAAGGAUCAACUCCCUAGAUUAGAGCCAAACCCAACAGUCCUGAUAGACGAAGAGACAAAACCUAUCGCGCCUGGCAGGGUCAGGAAAACUUUUGUGGAGAAACAAAACUUCCCUCUUCAGCAAGGUAUCCCCAAUCCUGAAGGCCAACUUCAAAAGAGACAGAGGCAUUGCUUUCAGCUUCGUUAGAAUGGCCCGACUGCUCCAUAGGGAGUGUGCCUCAAAGUCCAAUUUCCACCAACAUCACCAUUUUAUUUCUCUAUAAACACAAGGGUUGGGUUUACUAUGUAGGAGGAUUGGCUGAGCCUGAGGAUGAAGUCGCAUCUUCUACAGAAGAACCAGCACCAUUAAUGAGAUUCAACUUACUUCUCUAUCUAUAAAUUUGCAUUUUUUUUCAGUAAAAAACGUUAAUUUUUUUAUCAGAAGUUCUUUAUUAUAGAGGAUUUAGAAGAAAAUUCUUGGGAAUACUUCAAAAGCGUAGAAGAGAACAUUGCGAAAAACGAAAUUACUGUCUUUCUCCAGAAAAAAGUAACAGAGAAAAAAGACGAAGAGAAAAAAGAAAAAACACAUGCGGACAAAGAAUUCCCACUCAGUGGUCUACUAUUACCAGGAACCUUCCUUUAUAAUGAUAAAAUUUACUUUGUAGGUGGCCAUAGAUUUGAUGAACAUGGCAAAAAUAAAGUAAAUAAAAACGUUUACAGCUUGGACUUGACUUCUCUUGCCUUUAAGAAGGAACCUUUUUCACUUCCUAUCAAAGCUGUUAAGCCAAUCUGUGCAGUUAAAGGAAAUGAAGUUACCAUUGUCGGCGGAUUCGACCCAAAGACAAAUAAACCAAAUUCUCAAAGCUACUUUGGGAUGCAUUUUUUUUAAUUAUUUUUAAAUAAAUUAUUUUUUUUUUUUUUUUAAUUUAUAUUCCCGCUACUUAGUCAACAUGGCAGAUUCUACACCUGAGGUAAAACUCCUUGAAGCCUUAAACUUUGAGUUCCCAGAAAACUACCCUGCAGUAACCAGCACAAGUGCCCCAGUUUUUGUUUCCUUCCCUAAAUUCGCCUUCAGAAGACCAGGCGAAAAAUCAUGGCAGAUUUUCAACAUUGGAAGUAAAAAGAGAGACCAAAACACCCCAAGAACUGGCCCAACAAUGAAAGUUGUAAAGAAAACUGAAGCUGGAGAGCCUAAAGAAAUAAAUAAAAAAUUAACGACCCCAGAUGGAGGAGCAGCAGUCGAAUUAAAGGUCGAGCCAUACGUCCCAAGUAAAAGAAAAAGCUCAUCUUCAAGUUCUUCUAGCUCUGGCUCAAGCUCAAGCAUUAGCGACAGUGCUGAUCCAGGGAAAAGGCGCAAAAAACACCACAAAAAGGCAAAAAUUGAAGGAGGUCUAGAUGUUAAGGUAAAUGUAAUCUGUUUUAAAUAAAUUUGAGUUAAAAUAAAAAAUAAUUACUAUUAAUAUUAUGAUAAAUAAAAAAAGAAUACCUAAAAAGAAAAAGGGCUCAAGCAGCAGUAGCAGCAGUGAUGGUAAAAAGAAAAAACCUAAAGCAGAAAUCAAAAUUGGCGGGGAUAUCAAAGCAGGCGUUGCAGGGCCUAAAGUUGAUAUUAACCUCAAUAAAAAGAAAAAAGGAAGCAGCUCUUCUAGCAGCAGUGAUGGCAAAAAGAAAGGAAAAGUUGUAGUUCAAGCUGACUUGAAAGGGCCAAAAGUAAAUGUUGCAGCUCCUAACUCCUCCCCCCCUCCGUGAGUGAACAAAAAAAUUUCGUUCGCUCAUAGAGGUUAAUUUUUUUUUUUAAAAAAAUUUUAUAUUGAAAUUUUAUAGAAACUAUUUUUUUUCGAAAUUUAAAAAAAAAUCCUAAUUCGCAAAAAUUGAAAAGCAAAUAUUAAUUUAAUUUAUAAAAUUUAUUUUUAAAAAGCAAUUUGUUCAAAAUAACUCAGAAUUAGCUCUAGAUUUUAUUAUACUAAUUAUCACUUAUAUAUCAAAAUUUUUUUCCAUAAAACAUUUUUCUAUUAAAAAAAUUUUUGUUCACGGAGGGUGGGUUUUUGGGCAAAAAAUAGCGAUUUUUCUAAUGGUUUUGUUCACUCACGGAGGGGGGAGUAAGCCAGAAAUUAAAGUUGGUCUCAAAGUCAAAAAAUCAUCUAGUUCCAGCUCUAGCUCUGACGGAAAGAAAAGAGGUAAAAUCGAAAUCAAAGGAGAAGCACCUAAACUACCAGCUGGAAAAGUAGAUAUUAAAGGGCCAAAGGUAGGUAUUAAAGUCGAUAAAUCAAGCAGCAGCUCCAGUGAUAGCGGAAAAGGCAAAGCAAAAAUCACUAUUAAAGGAGACGCUAAGUUGCCAUCAGGAAAAAUUGAAGUAAAAGCUCCAGAAAUUAAAAGAAAAGGAUCUUCAAGUAGCAGCUCAAGUGACAGCGGAAAGGGCAAAGGAAAAGUUGCAGUUAAAGGUGACGCUAAGUUGCCUGCAGGAAAAGUUGAUAUUAAAGCUCCAGGAAUCAAAGCAGAAUUGAAAGUUGGAGGCAAAAAAGGAUCAUCAAGCAGCAGUAGCUCUGACGGAAAAGCAAAAGCGAAAGUAGAGCUUAAAGGAGACGCUAAGUUACCAUCAGGAAAAGUUGAUGUCAAAGCUCCUGGGAUUAGAAUCGGCGGAAAAAGAUCAUCCAGCAGCAGCAGCUCAAGCGACGGAAAAAAGAAAGUGGGUGUAAAAAUCGAUGCUCCGAAAGUACCUGCAGCAAAAGUAGAAGUUAAAUUAACCAAAAAAGACUCUUCAAGUAGCAGCAGCUCAAGUGAUGGAAAGGCUAAAGGAAAAAUCGAAGUAAAAGCUGAAGUUCCAAAAGCGCCUUCAGCCAAAAUUAUGCUACCAAAACAAACUGGGAGAAUUAUGCUUCCUAACUCCCCCAGUAAAUUGUACAAAAUAUUGAUAAAGUUUUCGUUCUAUGGUAAUAACCCUUUAAAUUAUAGCAAAACUUUUAUAAAUACCCUUAAUACCUAAUUUAAUAUCAUUAAAAUCGAAAAUUUACCUUCUUGCUCUAUUUUAAACAGGAAUAAUAAAGAGAAAACUAUUUAAACAAGGCUAGUAAUUUAAAUAAUAAAUUUUUCUAUUAUUUUCAUAAAAAACAGAUUUUUUAUUCGAUUUUAAAAUCGAGGAGUAAAGGACAAACCGCAAAAGUCGAAAACAAACCUCCAGAAGCCAAAGUAGAAAUCAAACCAGUAGGUGUUAAUUUGAAAAUUGGAGGAAAAAGAUCAUCAAGCAGCAGUAGUUCUAGUGACGAUAAAAAGAAAGCGAAAAUCGGAAUUAAAGGAGACGCUAAAUUGCCAUCAGGAAAAGUAGAAAUUAAAGCACCAGCAGUUAGUAUAGGAGGCAAAAAGAAGUCAUCAAGCUCAAGUUCCAGUGAUGGAAAAGGAAAAGCCAAAUUAGAAAUCAAAGGAGGUGCGAAAUUACCAUCAGGAAAAGUUGAUAUCAAAGCACCAGCAGUUAAAAUAGGCGGAAAAAGAAGCUCGUCUAGCAGCUCCAGUGAUGGAAAGAAAAAGGCGGGAAUUUCAAUCAAGGCUGAAGCUCCUAAGGUUCCAUCAGGCAAAGUUGAUGUCAAAGCUCCUGGUCUCAAAAUUGGAGGAAAGAAAGGAUCAUCCUCAUCAAGCAGCUCAAGUGACAGUGGAAAGAAGAAAGUAGGAAUCAAAAUAGAUGCUCCAAAAGUCCCAGCAGCCAAAGUUGAAGUCAAAGCUGAAGCUCCAAAGGCUCCUUCUGGAAAAGUUGAUAUUAAAGCACCUGGUCUCAAAAUUGGAGGAAAGAAAGGAUCUUCUUCAUCAAGCAGCUCUAGUGAUAGCGGAAAGAAGAAAGCUGGAAUUGCAGUCAAAGUUGAUGGUCCUAAAGUCCCAGCAUUAAAUUCUUAGUUAAAAUUUAUUGAGUAGCUCCCUGUGAUACCUGUAGGUAGUUUUCUCCACAUAUGCUUCGUUCAGUCACCUGCCAUAAUAUCCCCUUAGUACCGCUUCUCUCCUUAAGGCUCACACCAUAUUGGAGAGUGCAGUGGGAUGGCUAUUGCACUGUGGCUGAAAAAGGUUGCCUAUCAAUAAAAAUUCGAAAAAACGAAUUUUAUAAUCAAGUUAUCCGUCAAAAUGGAUCUCAUAACUUAGGAAACAACACCUGAUAUUACUUUCGAGAAUUGGAGAAGUAAAGCCACUUGUUUUGCUGGGACUCCUUUUUCCAAAUCCAAGACUUUCAUCUUCCCUUGAGGAAAAAACCUUGACCUGAAUGUCAACUGGGAUCGACCUAAUCUGAAAUUGUGCUCCACAAAUGAAACUCGACCUGAUACAUAUUCCCAUAUGCCACACUUCCUUUCACAAUAUCCUUGGGUCACCUCAGCGCCAGGUGUUAAGUGGAUGAUUUGAUUCUACAUCAUUUUAAUGUAUAAGUCCCAGCAGCAAAAGUUGAAAUAAAAGGUGAAGCUCCAAAGGCUCCUUCAGGCAAAGUUGAUAUCAAAGCUCCUGGUCUCAAAAUUGGAGGAAAGAAAGGAUCAUCCUCAUCAAGCAGCUCAAGUGACAGUGGAAAGAAGAAAGUAGGAAUCAAAAUAGACGCUCCAAAAGUCCCAGCAGCCAAAGUUGAAGUCAAAGGAGACGCUCCUAAAGCUCCUUCAGGUAAAGUUGACAUAAAAGCUCCAUCAGUAAAAGCAGAUAUUAAGAUUGGAGGAAAGAAAAGAUCCUCAUCUUCAAGCAGCUCUAGUGAUAUCGGAAAGAAGAAAGCAGGAAUCGCAGUCAAAGUUGAUGCACCUAAAGUCCCAGCAGCAAAAGUUGAUGUCAAGGCUCCAGGAUUAAAGAUUGGAGGAAAGAAAGGCUCUUCAUCAUCAAGCAGCUCAAGUGAUAGCGGCAAAAAGAAAGGUGGACUUGGAAUUAAAGUAGACGGUCCAAAAGUUCCUGCAGCCAAAGUAGAAGUUAAAGGAGAUGCUCCAAAAGUUCCUUCAGGCAAAGUUGACGUCAAAGCUCCAGCAGUAAAAGCAGAUAUUAAGAUCGGAGGAAAGAAAAGAUCAUCUUCAUCAAGCAGCUCAAGCGAUAGCGGCAAAAAGAAAGGUGGAAUUGGAAUCAAAGUAGAUGCUCCAAAGGUCCCAGCUGCCAAAGUUGAAGUCAAAGUUGAAGCACCUAAAGCCCCAUCAGGAAAAGUUGAUGUCAAAGCUCCAGCCGUAAAAGCAGACAUUAAGAUUGGAGGAAAGAAAAGAUCAUCCUCGUCAUCAAGCAGCUCUAGCGGAGAUAACAAGAAGAAAGCAGGAAUCAAAGUAGACGCUCCUAAAGUCCCAGCAGCCAAAGUUGACGUCAAAGCUCCAGCAAUUAAAGGAGGAAUCGAUAUCAAAGGAAAGAAAGGAUCCUCAUCAUCUAGUAGCUCAAGCGACAGCGGGAAAAAGAAAGCAGGCGUUGGAAUCAAAGUCGACGCUCCAAAGGUACCAGCCGCCAAGGUUGAAGUAAAAGGCGAUAUUCCUAAAGCACCAUCUGCCAAAGUUGAUGUGAAAGCUCCAGCAAUCAAAGGAGGAAUCGAUAUCAAAGGAAAGAAAAGAUCAUCCUCAUCUUCCAGCAGCUCUAGUGAAGAUAAUAAGAAGAAAGCAGGAAUCGGAAUCAAAGUUGAUGCACCUAAAGUACCAGCAGCAAAAGUUGAAGUCAAAGGUGACGCUCCUAAAGCUCCUUCAGGCAAAGUUGACGUAAAAGCUCCUAGUGGCAAAGUCGAUCUUAAGCUUGGAGGAAAGAAAAGAUCAUCUUCAUCAUCAAGCAGCUCUAGUGAAGACAACAAAAAGAAAGGCGGAAUUGGAAUCAAAGUUGACGCUCCUAAAGUUCCUACAGCUAAAGUUGAAGUCAAAGGUGAUGCACCAAAGGUUCCUUCAGGAAAAGUUGAUGUCAAAGCUCCAGGAUUAAAGAUUGGAGGAAAGAAAGGCUCUUCAUCAUCAAGCAGCUCUAGUGAAGACAAUAAAAAGAAAGGUGGAAUUGGAAUCAAAGUAGAUGCUCCAAAGGUCCCAGCUGCCAAAGUUGAAGUCAAAGUUGAAGCACCUAAAGCCCCAUCAGGAAAAGUUGAUGUCAAAGCUCCAGCCGUAAAAGCAGACAUUAAGAUUGGAGGAAAGAAAAGAUCAUCCUCGUCAUCAAGCAGCUCUAGCGGAGAUAACAAGAAGAAAGCAGGAAUCAAAGUAGACGCUCCUAAAGUCCCAGCAGCCAAAGUUGACGUCAAAGCUCCAGCAAUUAAAGGAGGAGUCAAUAUCAAAGGAAAGAAAGGAUCCUCAUCAUCUAGUAGCUCAAGCGACAGCGGGAAAAAGAAAGCAGGCGUUGGAAUCAAAGUCGACGCUCCAAAGGUACCAGCCGCCAAGGUUGAAGUAAAAGGCGAUAUUCCUAAAGCACCAUCUGCCAAAGUUGAUGUGAAAGCUCCAGCAAUCAAAGGAGGAAUCGACAUCAAAGGAAAGAAAAGAUCAUCCUCAUCUUCCAGCAGCUCUAGUGAAGAUAAUAAGAAGAAAGCAGGAAUUGCAGUCAAAGUUGACGCUCCAAAAGUCCCAGCAGCCAAAGUUGAAGUCAAAGGAGAUGCUCCUAAAGUUCCUUCAGGAAAAGUCGAUGUAAAAGCCCCUAGUGGGAAAGUUGAUCUUAAGAUUGGAGGAAAGAAAAGAUCAUCUUCAUCAUCAAGCAGCUCCAGUGAAGACAAUAAAAAGAAAGGCGGAAUUGGAAUCAAAGUUGACGCUCCUAAAGUCCCAGCAGCCAAAGUUGAAGUCAAAGGUGAUGCACCAAAGGUUCCUUCUGGAAAAGUUGAUGUUAAAGCUCCAGCAGUAAAGGCAGAUAUUAAGAUUGGAGGAAAGAAAAGAUCAUCUUCAUCUUCAAGCAGCUCAAGCGAUAGCGGCAAAAAGAAAGGCGGAAUUGGAAUCAAAGUUGAAGCUCCUAAAGUCCCAGCUGCCAAAGCUGAAAUUAAAGUUGAAGCACCGAAAGCACCAUCUGGCAAAGUGGAUGUCAAGGCUCCAGCAAUUAAAGCAGGUAUUGAUGUCAAAGGAAAGAAAAGAUCAUCUUCUUCAUCUAGCAGCUCUAGUGAAGACAAUAAAAAGAAAGGCGGAAUUGGAAUCAAAGUUGACGCUCCUAAAGUCCCAGCUGCCAAAGCUGAGGUUAAAGUUGAAGCACCUAAAGCACCAUCUGGAAAAGUUGAUGUCAAAGCUCCAGCAGUAAAGGCAGACAUCAAAAUUGGAGGCAAGAAAAGAUCAUCUUCAUCAUCAAGCAGCUCCAGCGAAGAUAACAAGAAGAAAGCAGGAAUCGCAGUCAAAGUAGACGCUCCAAAGGUCCCAGCUGCCAAAGCUGAGGUUAAAGUUGAAGCACCUAAAGCCCCAUCUGCUAAAGUUGAUGUCAAAGCUCCUGCAAUUAAAGGAGGUAUUGAUAUCAAAGGAAAGAAAAAAUCUUCUUCAUCAUCCAGCAGCUCUAGUGAAGACAAUAAAAAGAAAGGGGGAAUUGGAAUCAAAGUUGACGCUCCUAAAGUCCCAGCAGCUAAAGUUGAAGUCAAAGCCGAAGCACCUAAAGCCCCAUCUGGAAAAGUAGACGUCAAAGCUCCAGCAGUAAAGGCAGAUAUUAAGAUUGGAGGAAAGAAAAGGUCAUCUUCAUCAUCAAGCAGCUCUAGCGAAGACAAUAAAAAGAAAGGCGGAAUUGGAAUCAAAGUUGACGGUCCUAAAGUCCCAGCUGCCAAAGCUGAGGUUAAAGUUGAAGCACCUAAAGCACCAUCUGGAAAAGUUGAUGUCAAAGCUCCUGCAAUUAAAGCAGGUAUUGAUGUCAAAGGCAAGAAGAGAUCAUCAUCAAGCAGCUCCAGUGAAGACAACAAGAAGAAAGCAGGAAUUGCAGUGAAAGUAGACGCUCCUAAAGUUCCAGCUGCAAAAGUUGACGUCAAAGGUCCAGAAAUCAAAGGUAAAGCUGAUGUAAAAGCAGAUGUUAAAGCACCUGCCCUCAAAAUUGGAGGAAAGAAAAAAUCUUCAUCAAGCAGCUCUUCCAGUGAUAGUGACAAGAAAAAGAAAGUUGGAAUCAACAUCAAAGCAGAAGCCCCUAUCUUCCUCCUUCUAGGCCAAUACAUAUAUAUGAUUUAUUUUUAUCUUAUCUUUAUUAUAAUUAUUAUUUAUUUUUAAAACCUAUUAAAAUAAAUUAUAGUUAUUCCGCGUUUCAUAUUGAUAAUUUAUUUUUCUUUCUCUUUAACAAAUUUAUAGACAUAUCAAAAAUUAUUUUAAAAUUAAAUUUAUUCAAAAUUCGUAUUUGUUUUUUUAUUUGUUAUAAAAAAUUUAAGUCUUAUAAAAGAUGUAAGGCACCAUCAGCUAAAGUUGACGUAAAAGGCCCAACCGCAAAGGCUGACGUAAAUCUUCCUAAAGCUCCAGAAACUAAAGCUGGGGUUAAAGUUGGUCUCAAAAAAGGCUCUUCAAGCAGCAGUAGCUCUAGUGAAGACAACAAAAAGAAAGUCGCAGUCAAAGUGGAGGCACCUAAAGCACCAUCAGCCAAAGUUGACGUAAAAGCUCCUGCAAUUAAAGGAGGUAUAAAUAUCGGAGGAAAAAAGAAAUCAUCAUCAAGUAGCAGCUCUAGCAGUGAAGACAAUAAAAAGAAAGCAGGAAUUGCUGUUAAGGCAGAAGCUCCUAAGGCAAAAGUUGACGUCAAAGCUGAUGUCAAAGUUCCAGCAGGAAAAGCUGAGGUGAAAGCCCCAGGCAUUGGAAUUAAUAUUGGAGGAAAGAAAAAACGAUCCUCAAGCAGCAGCAGUUCUAGCAGUGAAGACAAUAAGAAAAAAGCUGGUAUAGCAAUUAGAGCACAACCACCAGCGUUGCCUAAAGCUGAUGUAAAGGUUGAAGCACCAAAAGGAAAAGUUGAAGCUAAGAUUGAAGCUCCUAGCUCUUUAUUAUAUUUUUUUAUUAAUUUUGGAAAUUAUAGUAAAUAAUAAUAAAAUAUAUAUAAUUUAUAGGCAAAAUGGAGUAAAGCACCAGCUGGAAAAGCAGCAAUAAGCAUCGGAGGAAAGAAAAAAUCCUCUUCAAGCAGCAGUUCAAGUGAUAGUGGAAAGAAAAAGAAAGCCGGAAUCGCAGUUAAAGCUGAUGCAAAACUUCCAGGACUAAAAGCUGACGUAAAAGGCCCUGCCAUAAAAGCUGAUAUCAAAGUAGGAAAGAAAAAGUCUUCAAGUAGCAGCUCAAGUGAUGGUGGAAUCAAAUUAAAAGCUGAGCUACCAAAGGCAAAAGCUCAAUCUGAGGCUCCAAGUGCUCCAAAAGUUGAAGUCAAAGCAGAAGUCAAAGCUGAACCUCCUAACUUCCCCCACUCAGUAAGCGAGUAAAACCAUUAGAAAAAUCCUUAAUAGGUAAAAUUUUUUAAUAAAAAAAUUUCUUCGAAUUUAUUGAUUAUUAUAAUGAAAUCUCUACCAAACUAUUAAAUUUGUAAAUUUUUAUUAAUAAAUCAUAUUUUUAGAUCAAUUUUUUUUAUUAGAUUUAAAAUUUAUAAUGCAUAUAAACUUUUUAAAAAAAAACUCUCUGUCUUCCUGUUCAGGAUGAGAGGUUAAGGUAAAAACGGGCAGCUUUGCAAGCUCCCUAGCAAAAGCUAUCAAAAGUAAAAAAUCAGAAUCCAGCAGCUCCUCAAGCUCAGACGACAAGAAGAAAAAAGGCAAAAAAGUCGAAAUCAAAGCUAAAGCCCCUGAGGCACCUGUAAUACAAGCAGAAGCCAAAGUGCCUAAAUUCAAAGCUGAAGCAAAAGUAGGAAAGAAAGGUUCAAGUAGCAGUAGCAGCAGCAGUAGCAGUGAUUCAGAUGCUAAAAAGAAGAAGAGCAAGUUCCAAGGACAGCUUCCAGGUCUAAAAGCAGGCGCUAGUGUCGAAGCACCAAAAGCAAAUGUUCAAGUAGGCGUUAAGGCUGAUGUAGGAGGAAAGAAAAAGAAAGCAUCAUCUUCCUCCUCAAGCAGUUCUGAUAGUGAUAGCAAAAAGAAAGCUGGCAUCAAGGCUGGAGCUAAUAUUAAUGUAAAAGCAGGAGCAAAAUCAGCUGGCAAAAAGAAAUCAUCUAGCAGUAGCAGCAGCAGUAGUAGCAGUGAUAGUGGUAAAAAGAGAGGGAAAGGUAAAGUAGAAGUGAAAGGAGGAGUUAAAGCUGAUGCUGGCGGAAAGGUUGGAGCAGAUGUGAAAGUUGAAGUACCUAAAGUUGAAGCUGGAAUCAAAGUUGGAGGAAAAGGAGGGAAAUUCAAGAUCGGAUAA